AUGUAUUUACGGAUAAUCUCUGCUCGAUUUUUAUCUCAUGUUCUUCAUGUUCUUGCUAUUGGACUCUGUUUCUGGAGUUGGGAACGUAAUGCUUACGCUUGCAGAGAUGAUGGAUCAUUUAUUUCUUAUCGAAAUCAAUUAUAUGUUGCACAUUCUUUAGCAAUCGCUUUUUGUGUAUUUGAACUGAUACCAUUAAUUCUUGGUAUAACAUCAAUAACUUUUUCUCGUUCAUUUCUUGCGAUAAUACUUCAUUUAUCGGCAGCGAUUGGUCUCGCCUUUUUUCUUCUUCAACAUCAAUGUGCUCUACGUAUUUGGCCAAUAUUUGCUAUAUGUAGUUGUGUACCAUUUAUGAUUGAAUGUACAGCUGCGAUUUAUAAAACUAUUCGUCAACGUUUAUAA